GUGCUGACCGCCGCUGAACACGCACGCAUGUGUCUCGAUCUAUUAUCAUAUUUCAAUUGUUUGCGCCGAAGAAAUCUACGGCAAUGGAUCCGCGGGUGAUUGUGUUCAUUCUGUUCGCAGCUAACAUGUUAAGUUGGGAAUUGAUGGUUAUGGGAGCGUGUGCAAACUGCGUUAAUGGGGAACUAAGUGUUAAAGAAUUGACCAAUGCUAGAAUAGAGUAUGUGAAGCAGCAGAUUUUGAAGAAGUUGCGGUUAAGUCGGCGACCAGCUGUGGCUGUGCCGGUGAACAGUCUGCCGAUGCCGGUGGCGGAGGGCCAGACCCUCAGCGUGGGUUCUGACAAGCCCCCGGAGUUUGAUGACUACUAUGGCAGAACGGAACAGAAGAUCAUAUUCCCAGUAGAAGGUGAAUGUUUGACAACAGGCCGAUAUCCUUUCAUCUGCCUACAGUUCGAGCUGCCGCCUGACGUCGAGCCCGAAGAGGUGACUGUCGUUGAGCUCUGGUUUUACAAGGAGCGCGAUCCAUUGGAUGAAUACAACCAGACGUUUGUGAUCUCUGAAGCAGCGCAUUGGGACAGCCAGCAGCAGUUCAAGAAGACGAAGCCAAUCGCUAUUAAGGAGACGGAUGUGGGUGAAGGCUGGGUGCGGGUCGAGCUGGCGUGGGCUGUGCGUGUCUGGCUUGAGGGCAUGGAACGUUUGCACACGCUACACGUCGCUUGUAGGACUUGCCAGUUACGUCGAGCGCCUCUCUCCUUCCACGAGAAGCAUCGACCUUUCCUAGUGUUGUAUACGAAGUAUGCAGGCAAGCGGCGCCGGGGCCGCACACUAGAGUGCGGGGCAACAACUAGCGAGUGCUGCCGCGAGCCACUUUACGUCAGCUUCCGCGAGCUCGGUUGGGACGACUGGAUCAUUCGCCCAGCAGGAUACCACGCUUACUUCUGCAAGGGUUCCUGUGCACCAAUAUCCGCAGUCUCGCAAGCUGAUAGCUAUCAUCAUAAUAUUAUUAGGAAAUAUUUCUACUCCGUCUCCAACGAGAGGAAAGCGGAGUUCAAGCCGUGCUGUGCACCGACUACCUUCAGCUCUCUCCAACUGCUAUAUAUGGAUUCCAAUAACACGGUCACGCAAAAGACGUUACCCAAUAUGGUGGUAGAAUCCUGUGGUUGCAUGUAGUAUGGAUGUGGAUAUAUGGAUUCAUUUAGAGCGGGCACAGCAUUUACUAAUGUACAGCCGUUAUGCGAUUGUCGAUUGUUUCGCCAAUCCAAUUGUUUAGUUGCAUAAAAAAUCGAAUGUAACCUCCAUAUAAGCUUAGGAAGCAAAGCGAGCGCACAGUUGUGCGAUAGAUAACUCGCGGGUGUGCGAAUCUGUGGAUUUCCAAAGUGGACAUAAAGUACAGUGACUUCUGUAGAAUUUUGUGUUAUGGAUUUUAAUUUAUUAUUAGCAAAUUAGAAAUUUAUUGUUGUGAUAGACUUAUUGUGUGUUUUGUCAAAAUGUUUUAGUUAAAGUGAAAUGUUUUUUUGGUAAUAAUUAAUCUACAAAUUGUUGUUAUUGAAGAAUGUAGUAAAUGAUUUUUGAAGCUUAAGUUUUAGGAAUUUCCAGUAAUUUAAUACUUAAAUUACUUAUCUUGGUAGUAACUUUAAAUCGUAAAUAGUUGAAUUGUAAUUUUUAAGUGUAUUGUGAUACUGAGAUAGGCCAGUGUUAUUUUGUAACUUAAUUUUAUUACUUAACGUGAUUUAUUUAUAAAUAUUUUCACUUUAAGAUCGAGUGCAUUUAUUUUAUAUUAGAUAAAAGAAAUUACUAAUUUUGUGGUGUUUUGAAGGUUUGAAUCUUAUUGAAUAAUUAAUCGACCAACGUAAUUAAGUUUAUGCGAUCAAUUAUUAAUUAAUACAUUAUUACAUUAAUUAAUAAUUUAAUGUCACUGCCGGAACGCUGUUAGAAACAUCAAUUUAAUUGUUUAGAAGUCGAAUUCCUUCAUUAUGUAACAUUUCUGAAUUCUAUAUUAGUAAGUUAUUGACAUAACUAUUAGUAUGAUAAAUUAUCAACAUAUUUAAUUAUUAAUUAAAUAUAUUAUUUAAGUAAAGUUAAGUUGUGAGGACGCUCUUUGUUAGUGACUAUGAUCUGUUAAGGUUGUGUUUCCAUUAAUUACAAUACAGACAUAUUUUAUAACCGUAGUUUACCACUGUCGUUAGACCAGUAAACACGUAUGUCAAUUUUUAAAUGAAAAUGAAUAACAUUAGAAUUGUUUUGUUCGUAUCAUGGGAGUGAAACCUACGGUUACGGAUAUACGAGAUAUCUCACAAGAUUAAAAUCCUGCGUGUUUUUGAGAAAUCAUUAACGAUAAGAUACGCAUAAAAGUGAAAUCUAGAAUAUUUCAUGAUAGAUUGGUUUUUCCGUUUUUGUGAUAAAACUCUUAUUUUGUUGUACAGAAAUAACCGUAAUCGGAAUAUUUGACAGUCUACAAGCAAUUGUAAUACACUUGGUGUAUAUUUUAGAGUUUGUGUAUCAUCGAAUAAUUAUAAUAAGCGACAUUUGAUAUUUCCCAGUUGGUCUAUGUACUUAAGUUAGGACCUGUGGUUUUAUAAAUAUAGUUACUGUAAUAGAAUUUUUCUAUAAAGUAUUAUAGUUUUAAGUGAUAGAAUAAAUGUGGGUUGAGAAAUUUU